ACCCAAGUACAAACAGGGAUGGCUGUUCCUCGAGUAAACAAGAAAUUGCUUCAAGAGCUUGAAUCUAUGGGAUUUCCCACAGCUCGGGCAACUCGAGCACUUCAUUAUUCAGGUAAUGCUAGCUUAGAGGCUGGUAUAGACUGGAUCAUUGAUCACGAGAAUGACCCGGACAUUGAUCAGAUGCCCUUGGUACCAGUAGACAUUGAUAUUGAAUCUCCAGAGCCAUUCCAUAUCACGGAGGCGAUGAAAAUAAAAGCACAAGAGUUGAGGGAUCAAACACGCAAGAAGAGGAAAGAAGAAGAAAAGAAAUUGGAACAACAAAUGGAACGAGAAAGGGAGAAGGAGAGGAUUCGAUCUGGUAAGGAAGUCGUACAAGCAAAGCAAAUCUUAGAAGACAACGAAAGAAAACGUAAUAUAGCGUCUCGGAAUUCUGAGAAAGAGGAAGAGAAACGAGCAAGAGAGAGAAUUCGCUGGAAACUAGAACAAGAUAAGUUAGAAAGAAGAGUAAAGCUUGGAUUACCACCAGGACACACUGCAUCUGCGAAACUUUCUAUACCUGUGAGGGGGCAAAUCCAGAAAUCAUUGCCCGUCCGAUCUGUUGCAAAGUCAGAACAUAUGAGAGAGUGUUUAAGGUCUCUAAGGCGCAACCACAAGGAUGAUGAUGCUAGAGUACGACGAGCUUUCCAAACUCUGAUGACUUAUGUUGGCAAUGUCGCAAAGAAUCCUGAUCAAGAAAAAUUCCGGAAGAUUAGACUCAGUAAUCCGUCAUUCUUGGAUAGAGUUGGAAGUUUGAUUGGAGGAAUAGAGUUUCUUGAGCUCUGUGGGUUUGAGAGAACUGAAGCGGGAGAGUUCUUGUAUCUUCCUCGCGAUAAGGUUGACAUGGCAACAUUGUAUUCCGCUGCUUCUGAACUGAAGUCUGCAUUGACUAACCCGUUCUUUGGCCUUCUGUAGUGGGAAGACAAGAUUGUAAUACCAGGUUCAGUGUAACUUAUAUCUUAAACUUAGAAGGGAAACUGGUUUUCAUUAUGCAGUAUUGAUGAACUAUUAAUAAAUAGUUGAAUAGAAAAGCUAUUAAAGAAAUUUGUUUGGAGAGUAUACUUAGAAAAUAUUAUUCCUUAUGGUUUACAGCCUGCUCGUAUCUAACUCUCAUCCAACUAACAUCUCGAGGUACUCGUUAAUGCGACUCAAAUGAAGAGUAAAAGUAUCGGCAACUAUCGCUUAGAAACAUGAAUCUAACUUCCUCCCACAUGAUCAAGAUACAUACAACAACAACAACAACUCCGCUUCGUGAUGUCUCUAGCUUACAAAACAAGACUUGUGGUACGUACUAGAGUACUAAUUGUCAAUAGGAGUAUUUUAGGUUUUAUUAGAAUUUGGUGCUUGUUUGCAAUAUACAUGCUAGGGUAGUAUAUAUGAAUUGGAUCG